GGCAGCGGGGGGAGGCGGCGGCUGCAGGCUGGAGCCAGGCAGCAGCGUUGGCCCCUGCCCAAGGGCUGAGCUGGGGGAACUCACCUUCAGCAGGGCUGUGGCAGCAGCUGGCAGGCAGCCCUGCCUCCUCACCCUUGCUCAGCCUGGGGGGGACACACAGGGUGCAAGGUGCUGAGCACCCAGCUCUGGACAGGAUCUGCAGCGAGGUGCAGAGAAGCUGCUGCAGCACAGCCCAGGAGCUCCAUCCAUCUUGUGGGGGGGAGACAAAAGGCUCUGCCUGAAUCCCAGGGACGUGCUGCUAGCUGGAGACCACCAUGACAGACUCAAAGUACUUCACCACCACAAAGAAAGGAGAGAUAUUUGAGCUGAAAGCUGAACUGAACAGUGACAAGAAGGAGAAGAAGAAGGAGGCAGUGAAGAAGGUGAUCGCCUCCAUGACCGUCGGCAAGGACGUCAGUGCUCUCUUCCCAGACGUGGUGAACUGCAUGCAGACAGACAACCUGGAGCUGAAGAAGCUGGUCUACCUCUACCUGAUGAACUAUGCCAAAAGCCAGCCAGACAUGGCCAUCAUGGCAGUCAACACCUUUGUGAAGGACUGUGAGGACCCAAACCCUCUGAUCAGGGCUCUGGCAGUGCGCACCAUGGGCUGCAUCCGUGUGGACAAGAUCACCGAGUACCUGUGCGAGCCGCUGCGCAAGUGCCUGAAGGACGAGGAUCCCUACGUGCGCAAGACGGCCGCCGUCUGCGUGGCCAAGCUGCACGACAUCAACGCCCAGCUGGUGGAGGACCAGGGCUUCCUGGACACCCUCAAGGACCUCAUCUCUGACUCCAACCCCAUGGUGGUGGCCAACGCAGUAGCAGCUCUCUCUGAAAUAGCAGAGUCUCACCCAAGCAGUAACCUGCUGGAUCUCAACCCCCAAUCCAUCAACAAGCUGCUCACAGCCUUGAAUGAGUGCACUGAGUGGGGCCAGAUCUUCAUCCUGGACUGCCUGGCUAACUACAUGCCCAAGGAUGACCGGGAAGCCCAGAGCAUCUGCGAGCGAGUGACCCCCAGGCUGUCCCACGCCAACUCAGCUGUGGUGCUCUCAGCAGUGAAGGUGCUGAUGAAGUUCAUGGAGAUGCUGUCCAAGGACCUGGAUUAUUAUGGUACACUGCUCAAGAAGCUGGCCCCACCUCUGGUCACCCUGCUGUCUGCAGAGCCCGAGCUGCAGUACGUGGCUCUCCGUAACAUCAACCUCAUCGUGCAGAAGAGGCCUGAGAUCCUGAAGCACGAGAUGAAGGUGUUCUUUGUGAAGUACAACGACCCCAUCUAUGUCAAACUGGAGAAGCUGGACAUCAUGAUCCGUCUGGCUUCCCAGGCCAACAUUGCUCAGGUGCUGGCAGAGCUGAAGGAAUAUGCCACAGAGGUGGACGUGGACUUUGUCAGGAAGGCGGUUCGAGCCAUCGGCCGCUGUGCCAUCAAGGUGGAGCAAUCGGCUGAGCGCUGUGUCAGCACCCUGCUGGACCUCAUCCAGACCAAGGUGAACUACGUGGUGCAGGAGGCCAUCGUGGUCAUCAAGGACAUCUUCCGCAAGUACCCCAACAAGUAUGAGAGUGUGAUUGCCACCCUGUGUGAGAACCUGGACUCCCUGGAUGAGCCUGAGGCCAGGGCUGCCAUGAUCUGGAUCGUGGGAGAAUACGCCGAGCGGAUCGACAACGCAGACGAGCUGCUGGAGAGCUUCCUGGAGGGCUUCCACGAUGAGAGCACCCAGGUUCAGCUGCAGCUGCUGACAGCCAUUGUGAAGCUGUUUCUGAAGAAGCCCACAGAGACACAGGAGCUGGUGCAGCAAGUGCUGAGCUUGGCCACACAGGACUCAGACAACCCCGACCUGCGGGACCGUGGCUACAUCUACUGGCGCCUGCUGUCCACCGACCCCGUGGCUGCCAAGGAGGUGGUGUUGGCUGAGAAACCCCUCAUCUCUGAGGAGACAGACCUCAUUGAGCCCACCCUGCUGGAUGAGCUCAUCUGCUACAUUGGGACCUUGGCUUCUGUCUACCACAAACCUCCCAGUGCCUUCGUGGAGGGGAGCAGAGGGGUGGUGCACAAGAGCCUCCCCCCACGGACGGGCUCGAGUGAGAGCACGGAGAGCCCGGACACAGCCCCGUCGGGGGUUCAGGCCACGGAGCAGCCAGCUGUGAUCCCCACCCAGGGAGACCUUCUGGGUGACCUGCUGAACCUGGACCUGGGUCCCCCAGUCAGUGGACCCCCCUUGGCCACCUCCUCUGUGCAGAUGGGUGCUGUGGACCUCCUGGGAAGUGGUUUGGACAGCCUGCUGAGAGGUGAUGUGGGAGGCAGCCCUGCUAUGGGCAGCAGUGGCAGCUUGGCACCAGCCCCCAGCACUACCAUGCCCCCCAGCGUGGGGGCUCCCCUCAGCAGUGGCCUGGGAGACCUCUUCGACCUCACUGCUGGGGUGGGGACUCUGUCAGGGUCCUAUGUGGCACCCAAAACGGUGUGGCUCCCUGCCAUGAAAGCCAAGGGGCUGGAGAUCUCAGGCACCUUCAGCCGCCAGGUGGGCUCCAUCUCCAUGGACCUGGUGCUCACCAACAAAGCCCUGCAGGUCAUGUCUGACUUUGCCAUCCAGUUCAACCGAAACAGCUUUGGCCUGGCCCCAGCAGCUCCUCUCCAGGUCCACGCUCCCCUCGCUCCCAACCAGUCUGUGGAGAUCUCCCUCCCGCUCAACACCGUCGGCUCCGUCAUGAAGAUGGAGCCACUCAACAACCUCCAGGUUGCAGUGAAAAACAACAUUGAUGUCUUCUACUUCAGCACCCUCUACCCACUGCACAUCCUCUUUGUGGAGGAUGGGAAAAUGGAGAGACAGAUGUUCCUGGCCACCUGGAAGGACAUUCCCAAUGAGAAUGAAGCCCAGUUCCAGAUCAAAGACUGUUCUCUCAAUGCAGAUGCCAUCAGCAGCAAACUCCAAGGCAGCAACAUCUUCACCAUUGCCAAGAGGAAUGUGGAGGGGCAGGACAUGCUCUACCAGUCCCUGAAGCUCACCAAUGGCAUCUGGGUGCUGGCAGAGCUGAGGAUCCAGCCCAGCAACCCCAGCUUCACGCUGUCCCUGAAAUGCCGAGCGCCAGAGGUGUCCCAGUACAUCUACCAAGCCUACGAAACCAUCCUGAAGAACUAAGGUGCUGCUGCAGCCCCUCCUCCUCCUCCUCCUCUCUGCUCCCUGUCCCGCCCAGGACAGGGCAGGACCCGGUUGCAUGUGUCCUUUCCAUCCUGCCAAGGAGCCAGCCCCGGGGCCAGGGGAGGAAGGCAGGGCCGGCCCCAUCCCUGUAGCAGCCUGUCUCUGAGCGCUGCCGUGUCCUCCCUGCUGCUGCUGCCCAGCCCAGAGCUCACCUUCCACCCUCUGCCUUUUGUACUUGGUACCCAGCUGCCACAGGCUGGGGGGCUGCUCCCCUCCUCCUCCUCCUCUCCUCCCUGCACCCACUCCCCUCCUGCUGGUGCUGGGGCUGCCUCGAAGGGGGUGUGGUGAAGGCUUCAGCACUCCUCAGCCCUGGGAGCAGCACCCCAGGGCUCCCUCUGAGCCUUUUUGGGGCCCAUGGGGCUGUGGGUUUGGGGGGCUCUUGCUGCAGCUCGCCGUGGGACUGGCUGGGAAAUGGCCUCUGCCAGCUCCUUCCUCUCCCUCCUUCUGUCCCCUGGUUCAGGAGAGCCCUGGAGGGGGGGAAUGAUCCCUGUGGGAGCUACUUCCAGAGGUCCUGGAAGGGUUUGAGGAUCACAGAUUUGCAGCUGCACUUCAAAGUGCAGGUAAAAAAGGGCUUUUCCAGCCCCAUCCCACCCCACCUGUGGAGCUGGGAGGGCUCUGAGCAUCACCUCCCACUGCCCUCUGCCCCCUCCUCCCCAGCCCCACAGCUCCCUGUGCUCCCCCACGGGUGCUGGUGGGGAUGUGCUGCCUUUCCCUGGGGUGACACACUCCUCCUUUCCCCCCCUUUGCCCCCACACCCCCCCCAACUGAAGCCAUGGGUCCCCCCCUCCCUCGAGGCCUUGGGUGCAGGAAAGAUCUAAUAUAUAACAGAGACAUCUAUGUUCUGGUCAGUGCUGUGAAGGGGACACUGAAUAAAGGUGACA